GUGUAACAACGCUUUUGAAACUGUGCUUCCGACGGAAAUUUGUUUAUUUUAUUUAACUAUCAUUAUAGACUAUAAUUUUAAAAUGAAUUUGUUUAAACAAUUACUCGAGAAAAUAUAAAUGCUUUGAAGAAUUUUAAAAUGCGACUAAAAGCUAAAAGAUUUAUUUUCGGUAAAUUUCUUGUAGCAGAAACUAUAAUGAUUAUUACUGUCAAACUAAGUGAAGGCAAUAUGGGGGUGCACUUUUCGUGACACGUAUUUAAAAAACUAGAAUAACAUUUCUGUUUGCCGCUUGGUCAGUGUUUUCGAGUACCCAACAAAAGUAUGUAACAAAAUUGUUCCAGGUGAAUGACUCUUUUGAAUGCUACCGGCUUCCGGUCAAGCCACCCUUUGGCUUUCGUCACGAGAAAGUAGUUACAUAUGUGUAUAUGACGAUGUAUGUUUGUUUGGAUGUGCAUAUGUAGUUGGCGCUAGCUAAAGAGCCACGAAUUAAAAGAAUAUUGCGCGAUUUUUAGUUCAGUGAAGUGAAAAGUGAUUAAAUAUUUCUUGAGACUUAUGGUACCUACGCAACCAGUUAAAACCCAUAUAUUGUGUUAGUGACUUUGAGCCUCUAAAUAUGAAUUAAAACACACAUUUGAAUAAUAAUAUUUCUGUGAUGUUUAAGCCCGAUUCAAAAAUAGUGCGAAAUCCUACAAAUUUUUUUCAUAAAAGUACAUACAUACAUAUGUACAAGGGCCGUUAAAAAAAUAAUUAUGGAAACCCAUUUGCAUUACUUAACUAACCUUCGAUGCAAUUACAUCGUUAUCCAUACAACUUUAAAUCUCAUAUCAUCAACGGAUCCAUGACAACAAUCAUUACCAGCGAAAUAUCCAGAAGUUAAUUUGAUUAAAAAAUGAGGAUUACCUACAGAGGAGUAAUUCAUUUUGUUGGCGUAUUUUUUAUGGUUCUUAAAUCAAACACUACAAAUGGUGCUAUAUUGGAUUCACGUUGUUAUCUUGAAGGCGGCGGUUCAGCUGAGAGCUUCCUUGCCAAUGAAGAUCUCCAAGUGGGUUCAAUUAUCGGAAAGUUACGUAUUAAUGGGAAUCCUGACGCAGAAGAAGGGGAUAUAGAUUUGUCUUUUCGAGAAAAAGAGGCACCUAUCGAAAUAGUUUCGGGCACUAAAGACUUAUCAUUAGCCGUGGAAUUGGAUAAAGAAGGAAUAGGAGGUCCCUCAUCGAUAUAUGUGAAUGUAAUUUGUACGCGUCGACGUUCUACAGAUCCAAGUUUUGUAAUACCAGUGAAUAUACGGGUAAUUGAUGUAAACGACAACGCCCCAGUUUGGAUAGGUGCACCAUAUACUCUUACACUUUCAGAAGUUACUGUACCCGGCACGAGAAUACUUCAAGGGGUCCAUGCAGAUGAUGCCGAUCAGCCUGGUCCAUUUUCCACGGUUGAAUAUCAAAUAUUGCCAGGACCGUACAAUGGAUAUGUCCAGUUUUUAAGCCCACUCGAAGGUACUUUGGUACUAAAAAAAUCAUUAGACUAUGAAACCAUGAAAAAUUUUACUGUGAAGCUUAGAGCUCAAGAUCAGGGAAGUCCACCAAAAUUCACGGACACAACAUUGAGAGUUGUGAUAACAGAUGCUGAUGACCAGAAUCCAAAAUUUGAACAUGACUCCUACACAGGCGAGCUUCCUAACGAUGGAGGACCUGGUGAAUUAAAAUUACUUCCAGAUAAAAUCAAAGCAGUUGAUCAAGAUGAAGGUAUCUGUGCACCCAUCCAGUACACAAUUGUUCAAUCACAAGAUACGAAAUACUUUCGAAUCCAUCCUCAUAGUGGAAUAAUUACUUUGCUAACCCGAAUUGAGAGUGCGGAUUUAGUUAACGGUGCUACACUGGUGGUAAAAGCGACGCAAAUAGACAAUGCUGAUCGUUAUGCUUUGGCAACAGUAAUGUUGACACGACCGGGAUCGCAUGGUCAUAUGACAGCUUUGUCUUUUAUACAGCAAAAGUUUUUUAUGCGCAUACGCGAGGACACAGCAGUCGGAAACCGUAUUCUAGCAUUACCCUCAAACAGACCCGGAAAACAUUUGAAAUAUACAAUUCUGGAUCCAAUAAAUUCACAAUUUUUCAAUGUGGGAUCAUUAGGAGAAGUUAUCUUAGUAAAGCCAUUGGACUAUGAAAAAAUGACAAAGCACGAAUUUCAAGUUAUGGCAACGGAUGGUAUAACGAAUAUUACAGCAGAUAUUACACUAGAAGUCGUCGACGUUAAUGACUGGGAACCGAGAUUCCGUGAAACUCACUAUGAAUUUUUAGUACCAAAGAGCCAGUCUUUUCAUUCACAACAUGAUUCAUUUGAUGGAGUAAUGAUUGGGAAAGUGGAAGCAGCAGAUGGAGAUCGUAAUGACAAAGUAGAAUUGUCAUUGAGAGGACAACAUGCUGGUAUCUUCGAAAUAGACUCCAAGGGAAGCAUUUAUAUCCGUCCUGAACAGCUGCAAGGACUUAAUGAAUCAACUGUUCAUUUAAUUGCCAUAGCAACUGAUUCGGGAGUUCCCUCACGCAGUACCUCGGUUCCAGUUACAGUUACCAUGGAAGGAGUCGCGCUUGCGCAGACAUCUUGGAGUUCAAGCUUAAUAGGAAUGCUCGGAAUAAUAAUAUGUGUAUUUACUCUAAUUAUUUCCAUUCUUAUAUGCUACAUAGUCCAUUCGAAGAGUAGAAAGCGAAAGAGUACACCGCCUUUGGGACGAAAUCGCGUACACAGCCAUGCACAUAGCACAGUAUCUUCUACAAAUUUGGUUACUCAUGAAAAAAUAUCUAAUAGUGGAAAUGGAACUAUUGUCACCAGUGGCACGAGCGGAGUGUCUGUAUUGCAUAUGAAACAUGAUGGUAACAUUUCUAUGUCAAACCCUAUUGGUAGUGGAUUCAAUAAUUCAGGUACGGGUAUAGCAAAUACGGAAAGGGAUUGUAAAAGAGAACAGGAACGUGAGCGCGAAAGGCAACGGGAAAGCUAUGCGGCAACUGUGAGAAUUAUUCUUCCAGGCAUAGUAUCGCGUGCCUCAGCUAAUGGACAAUUGUACGAGGAGGAUGAAGUAGAAAAUGACUCUCUUUCCAAUCAGGGCAAAAUGGAACAAGAAAACAAUAACAAGAAAACAGCUUGGGAUGUUCCAGCAAGCCCACAACGAGGAUUAACAUCGAUUACGAAUUUAGAUUGCAGUGCUGUUAGAGAUUCCAACCUUUUGGCAGCAACAGAAGCAAUGGGCUCUUCGGAAAAUAAUUUGACUGUAUAUUUUUAAAUAUUCCGAUAUAAAGCAAUUUCUUCCAUUUUCUCACUAUAAUUACACUUACAAUAUAUAUAUAUAUACAAUAAGGGCAUAUAUGUACAUUAAAUAUAUAUAUAUACCUAG